AUGGAUGAAGGAAUCAAAGAAUAUACUAAAACUGGCAAGAUGAAAUGUCCUUCGUACCUUUUGGCUGCUACUUGGGUAAAAGAGACUUGGGAAGCUAUCAAUAUUAACCUGAUUAGGAGGUUCUUCAAGUGUUGUGGGAUUUCUAAUAUGAUGGACAGAACUGAAGAUAAACUAAUUUUUGACUUCACGAAUAUUACGAAUGAAACAAAUCUGAAAAGAGGAGUUGAAGGCCAAGAAGAAUCGAAUGACAAAAAGGAAGAAGAAGAUAGUGCAAACAUUAAUACAAAUGAAGGUGGAUUAGUUUAUAAUGGUUACUACGAAGAAGACAAAGAAUUAACGAUCGCCCAAGAUUGGAAUUAA